UCUAGCUUACUAGAAAAGCUUGGAGCUCAAACCAUGUCAAGAGAGAAAAGAAGAUAUUAUAGUGAAGAAGAAGGUUUGCUCUUAUUUCCUUUCUCGUGUGAUGUGUUAAUUAGAGUUCCCCUUUGUUGAGGUGCUCGUGCGAGGGUGACUCUAAGUUGUCACGUUUAAUUCAUCUGCUGUACCACAGAUAAAGAUUAUAUCUUCUUUACGUGCGACAACCUCGAAGUGUUUUACUUUUCCGAUUCCUGAUUCAAAGACGACGUGAAAAUGGUGGGGAACAAAACUGUUGAUCUAAAGAAGAAGCCGAGGACGAGUGGCUCAUCGAUGUUUUUCUCACUAAGGAUUUCUACUGUCAGCUGUGUGUCUUGCUUUUGUGCUUGGAAAGGCUGGCGAGAUAGAAAAUAUUUUGUUUUUUUAAACAAUAGGAUGCAGAGCCACAUGUUGAUGUUAUUUUUCUUCUAUUGUGCUGUUUUUUUUCGUUGGUUUGUUUUUGUCACCGAAUCAUCAUAUGUUAGUUCCCAUUCUUCGAAGUGUGCGGACAUUGUGGGCCUCAUUGGACCAUUUUAUAUCUGGGUGCCACGAUAACUUUCAAAAUCAGCGAUUUAACACUGAUGGACCCUGCUGUAGAUGUACAGCUAAUUAAAUCGUUCUUUGCAGGGAUGACCAAUCAGUUUCCUUUGAUCAACAAAUUUACAUGUAAAAGUUGACUGACAAUUUCAUAAACUCUAAAGAGAAAUCAACCAGAAUAACAUAUAUUUCCAAAAUUUCUGGAAAUGGUAUUUCUUUGGUAUUAUCAUUGAAACAGCUUGAUUUUUCUUAAGUUUUAUUACGACUCCAACCUUUCAUAUUUCCAAGUCCAUGCUUCAGGACCAUUUAUCUUGAGAUACGCCAUGUACAGUAAAUUUAGAUGUUUUUCAUUUUUAGUACCUUCUUGUUCUCAAGGGAGUGUUAUGACAUCUGUCCUUAUUGCUUUGAGGAAUGAGUUUGUGACUUAAAUGGUUUGUUAUUGAUACUUUAUGUAAUGCUUUUUGUUCCUGUAAAUUCUCAGAUGGGAGAGCACGCAAAAGAAGAAGAACAACUGAAACUGUGGAUAUUGAAGAUCGGUUAGAAUCCCUCAUUACACGUGUUGGAGAAAAGGUACAAGCUCUCAGUGCAAUACAUGUAUAUUAAACUUUCACUGUCUAUUAGAAAUACCUUUCCUUGAAUUUUAUCUCUUGAUACAGAGUACUUCAUCGCUUGAAAGCAAUCUGGAAGGUCUUGCCAAUGUGCUAGAAGCUGAUCUGCCAAAUUAUAAAGAACGUAUCCUGAAGAUUAUUUGCACUUGGUAAGAAACCAUAGCAUAUUUUUUUUUUUUUGAUUGGCUACACAAGAGUUUAUUAUUCCACUACUAUGCCAUAACAAUGUAAUACUGUGCCAUAUCUUGUGCAUUCUGAUAUGGCAUCUUGGUUGAUUUCCCUUUUGGGGGCUGUUAGUCAACUGUUACAUGUAAAUUUAUUGGUCAAAGGAAACUGAUUGGUGAUCCCUGCAAAGAAAGACUUAAUUGGCUGUUUGUCUAAAGCACUGGAAAGCAGAGCAAUAAAACAGUUGCGCUGAUUGAUCCAUGACUUUUGAAGCAACAAAAUUUAGAGAGCAUCACAUUUUUUGUUAGUCAUGAAAAGCACUUCUGUGGUUUUACUUGUGUUGUACAUUGUAAAUUUAUCAAAACUUCGAUGUGUUUCUCACUUUUCUUUGUUCAGUUUUACAAGCUUGAAAUUUGCAUGUGAAUUUAUGCUUUCAGUGCUACAAAUCUACCAGAGAAAAUCACUAUCUACAGCACACUUGUUGGACUUUUAAAUGCAAAGAGUUACAGCUGUGGAGAGGAGGUACUCUGUCAACUCAAGUUUUUUGUUUCAGUUCAUCAAGUUUACACAAAAAAUUGCCAACUGAGGUUUUGAUUUUGAUUAUACAUAGAUCAGAAAAGAAAUGUCCUUAGUGAGCUGUUUUUCCAGUUUAACCCACUUUCUGCUGGAUACUAAUGGCUCAAUCUAUUGUUUAGUUCCUAGACAUGAUUUUGGAAAACCUCAAGGAAGUGCUGAUUGCUGCUCAAUUUGAUAGAGCUAGAUUAAUGGUAAUCAAUUAACUUUUGAUAAAUUAGCUUUUGAUAUAUUUAUUUCUAGGGUAUUUAUUAAUUUCAUUUUAACUGAUCUUUUGUGGGUUGCCACUGAUGUGGAGUAACUUGGAGUGUUAAUGCUAGUUUGUUGCAAGUAACCCUUGACCCCUCUUGGUUCCUGGUAAUUCAGUACUAUAACCCAUAUCCUUAGGUUUUGGGAAAGAUUGGGUUACAGAAGCACAGAACAUAGGCAACCCAGCAAGUACUUAGGUCUAAACCUUUCAGUCUGGUCUGAUUUAAGGAUCCUAAUCACCAUAAGUAGGAUCUGAAUCUCUUGACACACUAUUAUUUCUCUUGCAUGUAAUCAAAGUGUUUUUAAUCAAAUUGUACAGUUUUGACAUUUAUUGUUUUUACUAGGUGCGGUUUCUUGCUGAUCUCGUUAACUGCAGAGUUCUCAUGCAUAGUGGACUGCUGGAGUUUUUUGAUAAGUUCCUGGCUGCUACUAUGGAGGACAAUGCUCCACAGGUGAAAUCAUCCUUGUUUUUGCACAUGUUAUACCUUAAAAAAGCAUUCCAUGUAAAUAAUUUUGUUUACCAUUUAUAAGAAAAUUCUUCACUUUUUUUUGCUUAAAGGUUUUCUUAUUCUUUGCUGUAUAAUGUGCUUUCAUUACUUUCAUAAGAUGAUUCCUAGUUAUUUGAUUUGAACCGUUCACUCUGCAAGUCAUCAUCCCUUUAAAUCUGCGAUCACAUCUAAUUUCAUGAUGCAUUUUGUAAUAUUUAUGGUAACAUAAAUAUUAUUUAUGAUAUUAAUGAUAAUCCUGAAAGUAAUGGUAAUGAUUGUUUUAUUGUGAAUGAUCAGUAAAUCUUACACAUUGUCCUGACAGAAUUAUCUUUUCAAUGGGAAAAUACUAUUGCCUGUUUAAUAUGUUUUAGGCCCGGUCUGACUGGUUUGUGUACACAGUACUAUCUUCAUUGCCAUGGGUAAGUUCAACCGCAAAAGUCGAUUUAAAUGGGAAAGUGUUGACAUAAUUUCUUCUUCUCUGACAGUCUCCCUACCAACAUAUCAGCCCUGAAUCAAACAUCAGGGUUAUAAGAAUAUGAAAAUGAUCACCAACUAAAAAAGUUCUUGAUUGCUAAACAAAUUCUCCUUGUCAGGUCAACCCCUUGUCCACAUUACUGAGCUUUUACUUGGUCCUAUAAGUAAAUGUUGUCAGUAGAUGUACAGUAUGACAGCAUCUAGUAAUUUGAACAAAAUGCUUAAUUUUAACAGCCUAAGCAAUAUGAAAAACCAGGAUUAAUGUAAGUCUAAAUUCUAAUUUCUCCUUAUCUUUAAAACUUAAAAAUCAACUAAGAAAUGGUUUCAACCCCCAUCCCUUCACAUGGAUUAAUUUUAGCAGUUUCUUUUGUGAUAAAUAACAUUACUGAGGUCUCUCUCUUAUUCUAGGCUGCCAAAGAACUCUCUGAGAAGAAGAGUCUGGAAUUUGAACGGUUGUUGUCAACAAUUGAAAGCUACAUAAGGUACAAUUUUAAAUAGAGGUCAACUGAGCUGCUUGUGAAAAGACCUGCUGACUUAUCUACUUGUACAUGCAAAUCCAUCAGAUGUUAAUGUUCUUGAUGUUUAUUUUUUAAAUUGACUAGUCAAAGACAGAAGACUCACAUUCCUGCCUUGCGAGUGUGGUCAUCUGAUGAACCUCACCCUCAAGAAGAGGUAAGAUGUCGUAACUGUUACACUGCACAAGGAAGAAAUUUUUAUCUUGCUCCAUCAUACUGAUUAAAUUUAAAAAGUUAAGCUUAGUCACAUCUAAAAUUUUUAACCUGGUUACAUAUGGCACUAUUAUUUUCCGUUUACAUUAUUAUACAGUUAUAUGGCAUAGGAGCUGAUAACCAAGAUUUUUAGUGAACCAAUCAGAAUGCUGAAAAUGUAAUAUGGGAGGUUGAGCAUUUGAUUAAUUAUUGUUAUAUUACAUUCAAGGUCCUGCAAUUGAUAUUAGUUUCAUGUUUAAAGCCCUGAAAAUUUUAUUGUCUUAACAGUAUCUUGAUUGCCUAUGGGCACAGAUUAAGAAGCUCAAAUCAGACAACUGGCAGGUUUGUGGCAAAAAUAGUCUUAACAUGUUUUGAAAGCAACCUAAAAAUGAAUGAACAAAACAAAAACUGAAAUGCUUAUUGGUAUUACAUCUAUAUGCUCUUUUUCUUUUCUGCAGGAAAAGCAUAUCAGGAGACCUUAUCUAGCUUUUGAUGAUGUGUUGGGAGAUGCCUUACAGGUAAAAAGUCUGAAGAACAUUUCAAUCUUAUUUAGCAAGCAGCAUGUUUAUUGCAUGCUUGAUAGGGUCAUGAUUGAAGAGGUGUAGGGAAAAUGUCCCUGGGGACUUCUGCGAUAUUACUUUUCCAACUUGUCUCAUUCCCUCUUGUUAUAAUGCACCAAUGGUCAUGAAGGGCCUUCAUGUUGACACCCCUUCAAUUUAUUUCUCUUAAAUUACAGUCAGCUCUCUCGUAGGUGGACACCCUCAAGAAUUGGAAAAGUGUCUGUCAGUAGACUUACAUUGUAGUUUAGUAGAAAUAAGUUAAAGGAGAGUGUAAACAAAAGGAAACUCAAAUUUUCACUUCCAAGUCUGUCUGUGUCCUCUUACAAGAGAGUGCCUGCUUGUGGGAAUGUCAAAAUACAAAGUUUGACUGGAGGUGUCUGUAAGUAAAGCUGUCCACUUACAAGAGUGUUUGUUAGUGGAGAGUUGACUGUAGUUUUUAGUCUGUUUAUCAAUGAAGGAUGAUGUACAGUGUACAUGUACAUGUACAUGUAUUCUUUAUGUGGAAUCAAUACAUAAACCACCAUUUUACUAUGGGUUAAUAUGAAAGAAAGGCUGUAUUUGUUUUGGUCAAACCCUAUCAGUAUUUUAAUUAAUUCCUGUUUAAAAUGUGACACAGGCUGUUUUGUUAGUCAGUUUUAUAAACAGUUAUUGCAGAAAAUUGGUCAUACAUAUAUAAAAAUAGCUGACAAGAUUUUAUAUGUUAAAUUUUGAUAAAAUUUUAUGAUUCUAUUACCCUAGUUAUGGAUGAUAUUGAUUUCAUGAUUGCUUUAUUUAAGAAAAUGAAUAAUUGCAAAAACAUUGAAUUGCAUUUUUCCCACAGCACACCCUUCCUUCAUUUGCACUUCCAGCAGAGAAGGAUGGCACUGUUUACCCACUUCCAUCUGUAGUUUAUAGAAUGUUUGAUUACACUGAUGUACCAGAGGUAAGUAUAUUAAUACAAAGCUGACUUUUGCAAAGAGUAGUUUAUUCGUCCUUGCACAGUUUACCUUUAGAGAUGGUGAUAGUACAUAGUCAUUACUGGGGGAACAACACACUGCACAAGGUUAAUUUUUCAAUGAUUUGCUAUAAAUGCCACUAUUGAAUAGUUGAUUGGGGAUUCUUCUGCAAUUGAGGACCAGGCUAUUGAUAUUAUUGAUUUUUGAAUGCCAUUAAGGAUGCAAUGCUUGACUAGUUUGCUUGAAAUUUUGAGAACUGUUUUUUUAGAAGUAGAAGUAUUUAACAAUUCUUUUAUUGUGUUUUCAGAAAAUCACAAAAAUUAACAUUGCUUUUCCUAGGGUCCAUCUAUGCCAGGUGCUCAUGCAAUUGAAAGAUAUCUGAUAGAGGAGGGUAUUCGAAGAACAAUUCAUGCUCAUUUCAAGGACAGAAAGGAAUGGUGAGAGAUGUGUUGUUAGCUCCAUUGUAGCACCUGAUGUCCUGUCAUCUCAUAAUAAAGCCUAGUUGUGUUCUUUGCUGCAGUUAAUAAUAAAUGUUAUUGUUGAUGAGAUUUUAAAUGCAAAGCUCAGGUUUUCAUGGUCUGUUUGCAAUUUGCUAUCAUGAUGGAUGAGUUAUUGAGUGUUAUGAGCAUGGGGUAGUGAUCCUAGAUAAGUAUUUAUUAUAAAUAUGUCCCUAAAGCCUGAGGUCCAACACACUCUCUCAUGAUAUUAAUAACUAUAAGCAAUUUUUUUGAAAAUUUGCAUUAAUUUAGAUUUACUCUUACAAGAAACAUUUUUGACAUAUUGAAUGCAUUUUCCCCUUUUAGUGCAAAUCAGCUGUUAAAUUUACCUGGAAAGUCUAAAGUGCCUAUUAAUUAUUGUGUCAUUGAGGUAAAUCAUGGUCAAACUGUGACAUAUGAGGUUCUAGUUAAUAAAGUUAUUUUAAUCUUUUAUUUGGCUUUUUGUUAACUACUGUUGUUGGUGGAGAGGAUAAGCCGUGAAUAUCCACUACAACUCUCUGAGAAGUGAAUUAGCACAAUAUUUGAAUUUGAUUAAAUAGUCUACUCAGAAAUAGAUGUGGGGAAACAAGUCUUCCUUUAACUGCUUCUUUUGAACCUAAGAAACUAUCAUGAUUUACAUGUACAUACAUAUGUAUGUGAAAACCUUAACCAAGAAAAUGAUCCAAACAGAUGAAAAAAAGUAACUGAAUACACUUAUUGUUGGAUGACAUUUUAUUUCUGUUAUUUUCUUAUUACCUAAAGGUAUUGUAAUUGUAUUUCUCUUUCAGGUGAUCUUUUCAGAAAUGUUCAGACUUCCAAUGUCAUAUCAUACUCAAGUAUUCUAUGGUUCCUUGAUUAUGGAACUGUGCAAACUAAGAUCAGAUACAAUUCCAGGCAUUGUAUCCUUCCUUUACUUAAAACUUAAAUAUACGUAGUCAACAAGAAAGAUUUUCUGACUGUUUAUGGACAAAUUAAUGUAAACCCAGUACUUUUUUAUUUUCAAUUCUUCUGUAGUCCUUUACCAAUAAGGAUCUCAGGUUGGGAUGAGCCAAACACAAUGAUAUUGAGUUGUUUUGACAAAGACAGAAGGUGAAAAACUGAUAAAAGUUAAAACAAGGUAAAACAAGGUGAAAGUUAAAACACUCCUUAAAGGUGAAAAUUUAAAAACAUUUCAGCUUAAUUUUCAAACUGAACAAGCUUUGACAAAUUUUGAACUCCUUUUCUGUGAGAAACUCUUUGCAUGCUGCAAAGUUGUAGCAACAGAUAGGAAGUUUUUUUGCUGUAUAUAAAACAGUACAGAACAUGACUAUUAGCUGCUUUUGUAAGAUAACAUGAAAAUAUAAGUUUAGUACCACAAUGUGAUUUGCAGCAAACUAACCUGUAAAUAAAUGCAUGUCAGCUGAUUCAAAUUCAAGUUCUUCCUUAAUGGACAUCUUCAGGUUGCCCAGGCAACAGAAUUAUUGUAUGAAAGGAUAGAUACAAUGAACACAACUUGUGUAGAAAGGUAAGUUCUGAAUUAAACAACCUUUGUUUAAAAGGGAUAAGCCUUACUUUUGUUGCAGCAUUCUCUUGUUGUAUCUUUUGAGGGACGAGCCUGUACUACACAAACUUCUCACAAAAAUUUCAUCCCUGAACUGAAUGGCUAUCCUAACCAACAUCUACUUUGCAAUGCAUUAGCUGCCCAUUCAAUUUUUUGCUGUGCACAAGUGCUCCUGAACAUUUUUUUCUUUAGACACUUUAGCAUUAUUUUAAAUAUUUUAUUUUAUUUAUCAUAUGUUUUAUAUAUCUUACAACUUUUUAAUCCAAUUAGUUAGGGAAACGUUACAGAGUUAACUAGUAAUUUUUUUCCUUUUUAAGAUGUUGUUUUGAUAAAUUGAUUCUCUUAUCUUUAAUAAAUAUUAUGCCGUUAUAGAAUUUGUCUCAGGUUUGAUUUAAGAAGUCUGUCCAACUCUAGGAUAUAUUCGUUAUGAAGAUUGAUGAAAUGUCUUCACAGGUUUGUUUGUUGGCUUUCGCAUCAUCUCAGCAACUUCCAGUUUAAAUGGAGUUGGGAUGAAUGGUAAGUCUGUUAAUUUUUUUGAAGCAUCAUUUUAUCCCAAAAAUGUACAAGCAAUGAUUAUUUAAAUACUUUAAAAUCGCUUCUCGUAAGAGGCAUAGAGAAGACGGUUUGCGAAUCUUUCACCGUGCUGCGGAAGAAAAGAAGAGGGGCCCUGGGAAUGGGGUUACUGGUCGCGAUUGCGACCUGAAGAUAGUACCAUCCUCGUUUUGACCUUGACCAAAGAAAUGAGCGACAAGGAACCGUCCUGUCAAUUUUGUUCUUUUUUUUUAUUUUGAAGGGUAUCUGCAACUGACGCCGGACUGGAAACACCAAGAUGUGUGUUCUUGAAUGAACUUUUUGAAAGAAUUCGAAGGUUAGUUACUGUGAAUGGCAAAAUGGUAAUUUUUACGUGCCUUUGCAGCGGUGCGCAUUUUAUAUGUCGAAUUCAUAGAAUAUGACAAGAAAUUGCGCUUCAGAUGAGAGAAGUUCGCACUUAAAACUAAUAUUACAAUUCUCUGAAAAUUCUUGAAUUCUGACCGUUUACCGUCUUUGCUUAAUGAAUGAUUUUAAUUUCUUUAGACUAUCAUACCAUCAGUUCCUGGUUGAGAACAUCCCUGAGGGAUUACAUGGCGUACUCCCCGCUGUACCUACACCCAACUACCGAUACUCAGACGAGGAAGGUAUGAACAAUACGGUACUUCAUUUUAAUGAUUACGAAGGUACUUCCGAUUAGCAAGCUCACACUUUUUACCUUGUUAUUGAAUUUUCUGCGGCAUUGUUGCCAUGUUUUGGCCGGAGAAAACUGAGAGUGCAAUACGCAUAAAACAGUCAGUUUUUUUUAAAUGCUCCGUUCCUGCCUUGCUUAUUCUCUCUUGUUUCCUUCCUGCGAGAAGGCAAAUUAGGAAACCCCUGCGUAAAGGUGUUUAAUAGACAGGAUUUAUUUCCCUUUCUAUUUUCAAUUCAUAACUUACAAUACAAAUCAGUGAUAAUGCAGUACUCUGUACACAACAAUAUUGAUUCAAAGUACCUACCACAUUAGUUUACUUACGCUACGUGUUAUCAGUCCACAAUUCUAGUCCAAUACUUACGAACUACAAAGCAUCUUAUAAGUUACUUCUAAUUUUCUGCCAGGCAAGUUGGCUGGACAAGACAAAGCGAAAGAGCUUAUAGACGCAAUCAGAGCCAAGAAAGAUGUCGAUCAUCUUCAGACUAUUUUAAACAACAUACCAGCAAAUGCAACUGGUCAAGAAGAUGACAAUGCUGAUGGUAAUAGCUUUGUUUUUUUUCGUAAUCAGGCAAUCUUUUGUAGUUAAAAUUUGAUGCAGCACGAAAUUCUAAAACUUAUUUAACACUGCAAGAGGAGGUAGAAGCCUAGUGGAAACAGUUUCAAUUUUCUGCGCAAAUCCACAUUGUUAAUCAUGCCUUCUCCACUAUUUUUUGUUUUUCGCUCCUACAAUGUAACACUGAAGCAGAGGAAUGUUUUUGCGUCUCGACUAACAACCGAAAGAACGCAACAAUUUUUGCUAGUGCGCUUUGACAUAACAAAAGAUAACUAGAAACCCCUUGUUUAAAAAUUUUGCACGCAAAGCAACAGAAUAUAGAUUUGUGGCAAGUGCGACAUGCAGAACACUUUACUUCCGUUAUCCAUUUACGUCACAAAAACGUCUGGGUUGCGCGAUCAAUCUUAAUCUAGACCAAACCUCCUCAUUGUUUGUGUAACGUGAUGAUUCAUAGCCUGUAAGUGUUUCUCUUAUCUUUUCAGCGCCAGUAAUCGACCAUACUUUUCCAGUAUUACGUCUGGAGGUCUUGCUUCAAGUUGUGUUCAAACUCGGUUCCAAGUCUUUAAGUCAUUCAUUCAGUGCUCUUACAAGGUAACAAAUGGAAAUAUUCGCUAGAACUAUACUCGGGCCUGCUAUCGAAGAACGGAGGCCAACUCGAAAUCGUCCCGAUGAAAUUCUCCCCUUAUAAUUAUUGAAGUAAACAAUAUGAUCUUAGAUGAUAUUCAAGUAAAUGAUUGAUCGUCGCAGGUUAGCUGCAAUCAAUAAAAUUGAGGGAAAGAAGCCAGAGAAAAUUCAGGCUUCGACGAAAUUCGAACCCGUGCCUCCUAUUCAAGUCUUCUCAGCCCAACAUCAGUAUGCGUAUUCUCCAUACUGCUCUCUGUUUACUUCCUAAGGGCUGACUUGGAGAAUUUGUGUAACCAUCAAGAGCUUCUUUAGUUAGUGACCUUUAAUGUUUGAGAAAUUAGACGCUAGUCACUCUCAAAGGUCAAAGAGUUAAAUAAUCACAUUUGUAUACCAUCCGUUUUGGGGAUUUUCGACGGGCCUCGAGAGUGGCUACAUAGUGGGAAUCCGACUGUAAUAGUGGUGUAGUGUGAGAGUUACUUGAAAAUAGAGAAUUUUACGAGGGAGAAAAACAGUGCUUUGUUUUUGCAAAGAUGAACACCUGUGAUAAGCUGCUACGUGUAGUAUAUUUAGCUGAGUUGACAAUCGAGGAAUAGGGAAUUUAGCAUCCUUUGGAUUUUAAUUCUCAAACUCUCAGUAGGAUGUACUUAGUAGUUUUUUCUUGGAGAGGUUAUUUUGAACUUUGAUUUUUAGGUUUCAUAAACUGUUAAAAAAUGUUAUCGUGAACGAAGAAGCUCAGAUCCAUUGUUUGAAGAUUUUGCACGAGUUUUGGUCAUCAAAUCAUCAGGUUUGUAAUCACCACAUUUAAAAUAUUGAAAUCUUUACUUAUUUCUGUCUGGGCUUUUCAUGAUAAGUUUUCCUUGUAAAACAUGUACAGUUACUUGAAAACUGUUGAUCUUGGUAAACUUUUACGGUUUAUGUUCACACGCUAUUAUUGCGCUAAUAGUUUGCAACUCAGGCUACAGAACGCCAAGUAUUUCUUUCGUGGCCAAAAUUUAGUGGUAGCAUAUCAGUGUAUGAUAGCUGUGGUUCUUUCUUUAGAUCGUUGUGGUGCUGGUUGAUAAAUUGGUUCGCAUGCAGAUCACUGACUGUUCAGCGGUUGUCAACUGGCUUUUUUCCAAAGACAUGAAGGAAAACUUUACAAGGUAUUUUAUGAUGGAAAUUUUACUUUUAUGGAUCGCGAAAAAUUGUACUUACAAACAACCAUGUUUUUAUAUCAAUCAUUAGGAUGUUGAAAUUAUAUACUGCAUGUAGAAGGAAAUUACAGUUUUAUCAAGACUUAAGUUAAUAAAAGUAUGUUUCAAGAUGUUACAUCUACCCACGUGGUUUUGAAACUCAAGUAGGUAACAUUUUGUGGUUGAAGAGUUGAACGUAAGUAAUUUUCAACGUCACAAAAAGCGAUUUCUUUCGUAGCUCAGUUCGGUUGUUGAACCCUUCCACUCUUAGGAGUGACCGAAAAGUAUUUUCUCUUAACAAAAUCGAUACCUUCCAAGGGGACAGGUGAUGAGAAUUCAGAAAAAAAAUACCAACAAGGGGGUUUAUAUUAGUUGCCGCCAAUUUCUCAGGCCUAAAAUGAAAAGAAAUCUGUGGCAGACAGUUAGGAGAAUUACUCUUGAGAUAUUGGAAGAGGAAAAUGGGCAAAUGAAUAUUGCGAACUCUGUUCUGACAUAAAGUAUCAAUAAUCUAGAUUUCCCUCCUUUCCUAACACUCUUACUAGUGCUAUCCUGCUGCUGUUUAUCAUUUGAGCAGUUUUAAUCCUCAAGAAAGAUUGUGCACUUAGUCGUUUAUCUUUUGUAGCUCCUCUGUCUCUUCUCUUCGUUCUUUCUUUCUUGUUCGAUCCCUUUCUGUUAAAUAAUUUGAUUCUUUUAUCUCCUUUCCAAGAUUAUACGUGUGGGAAAUAAUGACGAGUACCUUAAAGAAAAUGAGCAAGCAUACUAGUAAGGUAGGAAGGGUUGCACGUUGUGCUUCAAAGGUUCUUAAAAUUCGAGUGAAUUUUAAAAUUUUUAAGUCGUGUGUGUUGUGUCUGUAGGUUUCAGGAGAAGUACAGGAAGCUAAGGAAAAGGUGGCGAAAUUGGAAGAAAAAGCCAAGAAACAGGUCAAUGGUGUGAUUGAUGAAAUGUCAUGUAACGCAUAGUUCUAAUGUGGUUUUCCCUUGAAUCGCGUAACUUAUUUUUCUUGUUCGGGAUGAAAACCCGUACUGAAAAAAAGUUAAAACUCGAACAGAUCGUGACAUUUGCAUAAUAGAUAGCCCUUACAUUAGGACUACGCUGUGCGGCUAUUUCGUCAGUGCAACCACCAUGUGUAAAGAGACUUGGAGGUCCGAUCAAUUUCAAUCCUGUACUUUUUCUCUCUCUAUUACAGAUGACCGCUGGAAAGUUUUUUUGCACGUGAUCACGCACAAUUACCAACGAUCUGCGGCGAUGAUAUAAAACUAGUUGCACGUGAAGGUGUUUCUAUCUUUUAAAUAUGAUUUCUUUUUGAGUCAGGCAGGAGAAGCCAAUGGAAAUUCAAACCUUGAACCUGGUGUAGCGGAAGAUUUAAGUAAAAAACAAAAGCAGCUGGAAGAACUUACAGAAAAACUGGAAAAUGCCCAAAGAACGCAAAAGCAACUCUUCCUUAUUGUUUUCCAGGUUAGAAAUAGCACGAGUUUUGAAUGUGAUACGUAGAGAAAUUUAAUGGUAUUAUGUUGUAUAAAAAUUAAAUUUUAGGUAGUCAAGAUCGUUUAAAAUGAAAGUUGAGUUGGUUGGCUAGAUUGACCUAUAAAUCUUUUUCUGUCAAUAUUAUCAUUUUGAUUAUUAAGAUUGUACAGUUCGUAAUAAGAGUGUUUACAGUUGUGUGAAAUAAUGACAAAUUUCUGAUCUGUGUGUUCUCUGUCUUUAUAACCAUAUUCCAGCGUUUUAUAAUGAUCUUAACGGAACACAUUGUUCGCUCUGAGCAACAGCAGUUGGAUGUAAACACUCAGUGGUUCAAGUACACAACAGAAAGACUCCGAGAAAUAUUAAUCACGGUAAUUUCUCAUAUUGUUAUUUGAUAGCUAAGGAUUGGCGUAUUCCUUUAAGAAGCUAUAGAAGAAAAACUUCUAAUGAUGUACAGAAAAAUAAAUUGACCAGCUCUUAAGAAGCUUGCACUUGCUUUAAACUGCUGUAUUACUUGGUAGACUAUGUUAGAUUGUGUUUUUUUAAUCAUCAUCUCCAUCAUUUUUGUUAUUAUUAUUAUUUUAUUAUUAAUUAAAGUAUUGUCACUGUUCUUAUUACUUGCAUUAUCUUUUUGAAUUUCAUGAUAAUCGACAUUGUCAUUAUCAUCGUCAUUAGCAUAACAGUUAUUGUCAUCGUUAUUACAUAAGUAUGAUUAUCAUUAUUAUCAUUAAUAUUAUUCUGAAUUUUUUUAAAUGAGCUACGUUCGUAAUUUGGAGUCUUUUUCGCGCACGUGCAAUACCACCUUCGUUCCUCGAGAGAAAACAAAAAUUCCCUCAGUAAGAUAGAAAAACAUAACAACAAUAAUUCAGGUAGAAGCAAGGACGGCCAAGAUUGUAGAAGAUUGUAAGGGACGAAUCUAGGCUAACUUUCUAAGAAGCACAACCAGCCUUAGCUCGUGUGAGCUGUUUCAUUUAGAGCAGAAGCAUUUCUUAUGAUCCUCAGAAGGAGUGGAAAAGAUUGCAGUUAAGAUUAAGGGGUGUGUGUUUACACCAGAAAACGUUAAUUGUCUUUAUUUCAUCUGUUCAUUUCAGAAUCAUAAUCAAGUGUUCCAGUACCUGAGCUCCCUCGAAACCUUGCUCUUCACAUCUGAUCUUGAUCCGCGCAUUUUGAACUUGUUCAAUCAUUUUAAAGCCUUAAGGUCGUAGAUGGAUGGCAUUCCUAACCUUGAAGUUUAAGUUAGAGUAGUAUAUACACCACACAUAUGGCGGAAAAUCGUAAAAGUUAUUUUACGAAGGUUUCCUCUCACUCGAGCAAGGAACAAUAUGUUUUUUCUCAUGCGCUAAUUUUCCAGAGUUUUCUUUGUUCCGCUUCACUCGUAAAGCGAUGAAGGGUCUAUGGUUUGCUCUAUGUCUGAUUUUAAGUGUUUUGUUUCUUGUCAUCAUAUAUUUUAUUGCAUAAUUAUUUUUUUCGGCAUAAAUUAUCGCUCAGUUGCACAUGCAACGCAACCAUUCUCAGCUGGGUAAGCAACGGUUGGGUCGUUUUUAAGCCAAUCCCUGGCUUUGUUCCUCUCUCCACACGAAAACAAAAGGCCUAUUGUUUAACAAUCGGUCGCUUCUGGUCGUCAUAGUAAGCUAUGAGUUUUUAUGACUUUGUAAUUGGCAAUUUUAAAUAUCCAAUAAUUGGAAAAGUGCUGAAUUCUGAGUCAGAAUCUCAAAGAUUUGUUGUCGUUAUGAAUUUUUAAUUGAGUGUCAAAAGUAAUUCGGUAUUACUUUGAUUUUGCUUUACCUCGCACUCUGAUUGGCCUAGAAUACUCGCGCCAUCCUUUCAACCAAUCAAACGCAAAAUGACUUAAUCACCUGCGCUUUCACGUCCUUGAGGCAGUUUGCCUGA